GUGCGUCUGCCACAAUCCACAGUGCGACGCUCGCACGCGAGCGUCUUCUCUUCCCACACGGCCACUCGGAUUAUUAUUGUUUGUUUUUUGUCUUUUUUCAUCUUGAAUUCGAGAAGAAGCCCCCCCCCCCGCCCUCCCCGUGGGAUUCAUCAGCACCGACAACGUCUUUCUCUCGCUCGCUUUUUCGCCACCUCGUCGUUAUUUUCGGCGUCGGCGUCGCUCCCCGCCCGAAGCCCGCCGAACCGAGGCGAGCACCGCGCGCCCCCGCCGCUUCGAGGCCGCUCGCCCGCCCUCCGGCAUGGCGAAGAGCCGGGAGCGCUGGACGGCGGCCCCGUCGGCGCACAUCGCCAGGAUGAGCGUCAUCAUCCCGUUCUCGGCCGACGUGCCGUGCGACAGCGGCGGCCAGCGCAUGUGGUGGGCUUUCCUGGCCUCGUCCGUGGUCACCUUCUUCGGGGGGCUCUUCAUCAUCCUGCUGUGGCGGAGCCUCAAGUUCCUGGCCGCCGUCUGGUGCCGGUUCCGAGCCCGCAAGAAGGACGUGCACCGGCUGACCACGGCCGACGGCGUCGUCAAGCGCGCCGACAAAGACGAGGCGGCGGCGGCGGCCGGCGAGGUGGGAUGGAUGACGUCGGUGAAGGACUGGGCGGGAGUGAUGAUCUCCGCGCAGACGCUGACGGGACGCGUCCUGGUGGUGCUCGUGUUCGCUCUCAGCAUCGGCGCUCUGGUCAUUUACUUCAUCGAUUCCUCGGAUCCCAUCGAGUCGUGCCAGAACUUCUACAAGGACGUGACGCUGCAGAUCGACAUGGCCUUCAACAUCUUCUUCCUCUUGUACUUCGGCCUACGAUUCAUCGCCGCCAACAACAAGUUGUGCUUCUGGCUGGAGGUCAACUCGGUGGUGGACUUCUUCACGGUGCCGCCCGUCUUCGUGUCCGUCUACCUCAACCGCAGCUGGCUGGGCUUGAGGUUUUUAAGGGCCUUAAGGUUGAUUCAGUUCUCGGAAAUUUUGCAGUUUUUGAAUAUACUCAAGACGAGCAACUCCAUCAAGCUGGUCAACUUGUGUUCCAUCUUCAUCAGCACGUGGCUGACGGCGGCGGGCUUCAUCCAUUUGGUGGAAAAUUCCGGAGAUCCCUGGGAAAACUUCCAGAAUUCUCAGGCGCUGUCGUACUGGGAAUGCGUGUACCUGCUGAUGGUCACCAUGUCCACGGUGGGCUACGGCGACGUUUACGCCAAAACCACCCUGGGACGACUCUUUAUGGUCUUCUUCAUCCUUGGCGGUCUGGCCAUGUUUGCGAGCUACGUGCCUGAAAUCAUAGAGUUAAUAGGCAACCGCAAGAAAUACGGUGGUUCCUAUAGUGCUGUUAAUGGCAGAAAGCACAUCGUGGUGUGCGGCCACAUCACGCUGGAGAGCGUCUCCAACUUCCUCAAAGACUUCCUACACAAGGACAGGGAUGAUGUCAAUGUAGAAAUCGUUUUUCUCCAUAAUAUUUCCCCUAAUCUUGAGCUGGAAGCCUUGUUCAAACGUCACUUCACCCAGGUGGAGUUCUACCAAGGCUCUGUCCUGAACCCUCAUGACCUGGCCAGAGUCAAAAUUGAAUCAGCCGAUGCCUGUUUGAUCUUAGCGAACAAAUACUGCGCCGAUCCCGAUGCUGAGGACGCCUCCAACAUCAUGAGGGUAAUAUCCAUCAAGAACUACCACCCAAAGAUCCGCAUCAUCACUCAAAUGUUGCAGUAUCACAACAAGGCACACCUGUUGAACAUCCCCAGCUGGAACUGGAAGGAGGGCGACGACGCCAUCUGCCUGGCCGAGCUCAAGCUGGGCUUCAUCGCUCAGAGCUGCCUGGCUCAUGGCCUGUCCACCAUGCUGGCCAACCUCUUCUCCAUGAGGUCCUUCAUCAAGAUCGAGGAGGACACAUGGCAGAAGUAUUACCUGGAGGGUGUCGCCAACGAGAUGUACACCGAGUACCUGUCCAGUGCCUUUGUGGGCUUGUCCUUUCCUGUUAUCUGCGAGCUGUGCUACGUGAAGCUGAAGCUGCUGCUGAUAGCCAUCGAGUACAAGUCUGAUCAGAGGGAGAGCAGCACGCUCAUCAACCCCGGCAACCACGUGAAGAUGCAAGAGGGCACGUUGGGCUUCUUCAUUGCCAGCGACGCCAAAGAAGUCAAGAGGGCGUUGUUUUACUGCAAAGCAUGCCACGAUGAUGUCACGGAUCCUAAACGCAUCAAGAAAUGCGGAUGCAAGAAAUCUAAAAACACCUAUAAUGGAUACAUCAAAUCACUCGAAGACGACCAGCAGUCGGUGGUGUCGUCUAAAAAAAAGCAGCGAAACGGAGGCACGAGAAGCUCCCCCAACUCCUCGCCAAAGAUCAUCAGGCACGACCUGCUCCCCAUCUCCCUCAACAAGCAGAUGGAAAGCGUGGACAAGAACGUGAAGAAGUACGACUCCACGGGGAUGUUCCACUGGUGCCCGUCCAAGGACAUCGAGAAGGUCGUCCUGACUCGCAUUGAGGCGGCCAUGACGGUGCUGAGCGGUCACGUGGUGGUGUGCAUCUUCGGUGACGUCAAGUCGGCGGUGAUCGGCCUGCGCAACUUUGUCAUGCCGCUGAGGGCCAGCAACUUCCACUACCACGAGCUCAAGCACAUCGUCUUCGUGGGCUCGCUCGAGUACCUCAAGCGUGAGUGGGAGACGCUACACAACUUCCCCAAGGUCUCCAUCCUGCCUGGCACGCCGCUGAGUCGAGCCGACCUGAGGGCUGUCAACAUCAACCUCUGCGACAUGUGUGUCAUCCUGUCAGCCAAUCAGAACAAUAUUGACGACACGUCGCUGCAGGACAAAGAGUGCAUCUUGGCGUCGCUCAACAUCAAGUCCAUGCUGUUUGACGACAGCAUCGGCGUCUUGCAGGCCAAUUCCCAAGGCUUCACGCCGCCAGGAAUGGACCGAUCGUUCCCGGAGAACAGCCCGAUCCACGGAAUCGUGCGGCAGACCUCCGUGACCACAGGGGCCAACAUUCCCAUCAUCACCGAACUGGUUAACGAUUCCAACGUCCAGUUCCUGGACCAAGACGACGACGACGACCCCGACACGGAGUUGUACCUGACUCAGCCGUUCGCCUGCGGCACCGCCUUCGCCGUCAGCGUGCUGGACUCCUUAAUGAGCGCUACGUACUUCAACGACAACAUCCUGACCCUCAUCCGCACGCUGGUGACGGGCGGCGCCACCCCCGAGCUGGAGGGCCUCCUGGCGGAGGAGAACGCCCUGCGCGGCGGCUACAGCACGCCGCAGACGCUGGCCAACAGGGACCGCUGUCGCGUGGCCCAGCUGGCCUUGUACGACGGGCCCUUCGCCGACCUCGGGGACGGCGGUUGCUACGGCGACCUGUUCUGUAAAGUCCUGAAAACAUACAACAUGCUCUGCUUCGGCAUCUAUCGGCUACGUGACGCGCAUCUAAACAUGCAAAAUCAAUGCACCAAACGAUACGUCAUCACCAAUCCGCCCUACGCCUUUGAGCUGGUGCCCUCCGACCUCAUCUUCUGCCUCAUGCAGUUCGACCACAACGCCGGCCAGUCGCGGACCAGCCUCUCGCACUCCUCCAGCAAGAAGAGCUCAUCGGCGCACUCCAUCGCCACCAUCAACCGAGGCAACCGAAACAAGAGCAGGGACCCCCGGGACAAGUUAAAAAAAGACGUGGUUUACAGAUGAGCAGCGGGGGGGCCACGCACACCAAGCCUGUCAAUACGCACGCCGCCGCUUCCAACCACCACGCUGCUCCAAGGCGCCCAUCCGAGAAGCACAAGACGAACGCUGACGCCGGCGACUUCGGGACUCCUCCGAGACGAUGAGGAAACAAACACACGGAGACAAUCAACUAUCAACUGCUGUUGCAUUCUGGGAAAUUAAGUCACAAGACGAUUGUGUCUGCACCAAAUCAAAGUUGCCUUGCCAGCUCUCGGCGUUUCCGUGGCGGCGACCGACUUCGCCGUUCGGCGCUUUGUUCAAAACAUUCGUGAUGGGUGUGAUGUCCACCCACACAAAGCCCCCUCACACCGCGUACAAAAGCCGGCAUUCUCCCCCCCAUGUUCUGUAUGCGCCGACAUGGAAUGGUGUGAAUUCGAUUUAGGAAUGAUGAGUUUCAAAGCCGUGACGCCCACCUGACUCUGAGGCAUUUGGCUGCAAGCCUUACGUUGUCUUCUACUGGAUCAGAAAUAUUCGGGGUAAUCCCCUCUGACAAAUGUUUUCUUCCAAAUAUGAUAGAGCUGUUUUACAACCAAAUAUCGCAUGAAGUGGGCCUCUAAGUCCUCCUUUGGCUUGAAGCACUGCCUGACACAAGCCCCGCCCCUCUCUCGUUUCGACACAACGAAAAAAAAAAAACAGCUCUAUCAUAAUCCUCCACCCGCUUUUUACAUCCCAUCCUUAGGACUCGUUACGCUAACGGGUGCCAGGCGGUGCUUCAGCUGACGGAGGACCUCCACAGGGGCCCACCGCUGCGCAAAGAGGCUUCUAGAAUGUUCUUCUCCCAUUGUUGCAGCUCAGAAUGUAUUUGCGGAAAAUUCUUAAAAAAAAAAACACUAGGAGACCCCUAUGGAAAUCUCUGAAGCUUCAAGUGUGUUCGACCUCCUGUUUUGUGUCCGUACUUCUUAACUUGUGACUACGACAACCCAGUGAACAGUACAUUGAACCCCCGUUUACCGCGGGGGAUACGUUCCACAUCCACCAAAUACACGACAUAGAGAGACCACGUUUUACCCCUUCCGUUUGCAUUUACACUUAACACAAAUUCAAAAGUAUUCCUUAGUGCCUGUUCCCACUUUCUCGCUGUCAAGAAAUGGGAUAACAUCACUUUGAGGAAAUGAAAAGAAGACUCAUUCAGAUAGUGCUUCGAGCUGGUUGUCGCUCCUAGUUGAAGUUUACACAUUCAGUAAGAGAAUUAAACACGAAAAUAUUCAACCAAAGUGUAGAUUAUAUUUUUAAUUAUCUUAAUUCAAUUUCUUAUUUGAGGUUCAUACAAGAUGUACGAUUAAAAUGAAGAGAAAUAAAAAAAUUUGUUAUGCAGUGUAAAAUACGUCUUCAACAAUUUAUGACAGUGUCUUAAGAAUGAGAAUGUGAAAUAACAUGACAUGACAAUUAAUAGCAAUAACUGCUACUCUACACGCGCGGAGCAGCAACACAUACAAAAAUACUGACAGCCAGUUAUUUUUCCCUGCUCUGUGGGAACCGGAGCUUUUGGGGGGGGACCUUCUCUGCCUUGCCACUCGACUAAAGGCACACAACAAUAGAUUUGGACUUUCGUGUCUAGUGUAAAAACCCAAAACAAGCGAUUUCUUAAAAAUGAGUGAUAAAGCAAAGGGCAGGAACGACGAAUCGCGAUACGCACGGGUUCACUGUACACUUGACUCUCAAGCACAAACACGCGAGUACAUACAUUGUACUUUUUUUUUUUUUUUGUAUUUUCAAUUAAAUAAACACCUACCUGCUGUCUG